AUGAUUGCAGCUGAAAUGUCAGAAUACCAUUACCUCUACGAAGAUGUCGGUGACGGCAGAAUGCCUAUAAUUUCAUUGGAGAUAAUGUCGGACUCUUCUAACAAUGAAGUUGUCGAAAGUGACUUUACCAUCGAAAAUACUGCUGUUGAGUCCUCAAUGAAAGAUAUGACGACCGGAGUGCAUUUUUUAACGGAGCAAAGCCCCGAUAAUAUCGAGCCGAGAUUUGAAAAUGGGAAUAACGAAGUAGUAAUAAAAGGUAGAAGUGAUUUACUAGAAUAUAUGACUCGGAACGACGGUAGCGUCAUCUGUAAAUUAUGUGGGGAAAUAUUGCAAAGCCGAACUCACUGGUACAGACACAAAUACAAAGUUCAUAUGAUACAACCUCUGAAUCCUGCGCCACUUUUCCAGUGCGAACAAUGUCACGUUUAUUUUAAAAGUAGAAAAGGAUAUAUUGGACACAUAUCAAGUAAGCAUGCUGAUGUUUUGUCAGACGCAAGUCCAAUAUUAUCUAACUCGCAAAUAGAAGGCAAUUUGAAGGUGAAAAUACCAAUUCCACAGGAGAUAAAAGAGGCACCUGACCCUGAAUUAGUGAUACCAACAUCUAGCGUCCCAAAUUACCAGACAGCUUCCACGAAACCUGUGACGAAAUCAACAGAAGUAAAAAAAACGUACCGAGCCAAAGAACCAGUACCUACUCGGCUACCUGGCCCGAUUGACUGGGAAGAGAGACGUUCUCGUGAAAAUAAAAUGGUAAUAGAUAUAAUAGACCGUGUACGUCGUGAGUGUGAAGCACAACAAGGGGCUGGUAUUGGAGGAGGACCUGCGCGUCGUGGAUAUUCACGUAAAACCACCAUAAUGCACACAUAG